AUGGCCGAACCUCUCAGACCGUUUCGUGUUAUCAUCAUCGGUGCUGGAGUCUCCGGACUGGCUCUAGCACUCAUGCUGGAGCGCGCCGGAAUUGACUUUGUGGUGCUAGAGCGCGCAAGCGAAGAUUCAAUCCUUCGGGGAGCGAGCAUCGGUCUACAGGCGAACGCCCUACGUAUCCUGGACCAGCUCGAGAUCUAUGAUGAAAUUCUUGCAAACAAUUCGCCUGUCCAGACUGUCUACCAGCGCCGCGCGGAUGGGGCGGUCAUCCGACAGACCAACUUCACCCGAGAACUCGAGAGACGGCAUGGGUAUCCCCUCAUUGUACUUGAGCGCGGACAUCUUCUGCGCAUACUCUACGCGAGGCUGAAAAACAAGUCCAAGGUUCAUUACCUGCACAGGGUGGUUGACCUUCAAUCCCAUCGGGAUCGUGCCUCCGCCAUCACCGAGACAGGGAGGAUAUUUAAUGGCGAUCUCGUUGCUGGGGCAGACGGGGUUCGUAGCUUUACACGCCAGAAAAUCUGGCAGAGCCUAGCGGAAAAGAACCCUCAUAUCGCACUCAAUGAGUCUAAGCGGAUGACGUGCGAGUACGCAUGUGUCUUUGGGAUCUCUACGUUCCAGAGUGACGACCCGGAGCUCGCUCUCGGUUCCUCUCACAUGGUCUACAGUGAAUGUGCAUCCGUCACCUGCAUUGUUGGGAAUAGGAACAGGAAAUUCUGGCUGCUAUAUAUCAACUUGGGCAAGAAGCACACAUCCCCUGACAUACCACGAUACAGCGACGCGGACGUUGAGGGGGCUCUUCUCCGACAUGCUGACAUUCACAUAACAAAGACCACCCGGAUGAGGGAUCUCGCCAAUAAUGCUGUGAAACGGUCCAUGUUGGCGCUGGAAGAGGCAGCGUUUGAGUGUUGGUAUGACGAGCGGUUCUCUAUCAUUGGAGAUGCUGCCCACAAAGUCACCCCACAUGCGGGUUUGGGGGGAAACACGGCGAUCGAGAGUGCCGCUGCACUAGUCAAUCUUAUAUGCGACGGUUUGCGCGAAAAAGGUCCGUUGGCGAUGUCCUGUGAAGACGUUGGGGCGAUCCUGGAGAAGUAUCAAAACACGCGUAACAAGCGAGUGGCCAAAGUCCAUACGAUAUCAUUCGCCUCCGCUCGCCUCCAGGGAUUGGAGUCAUAUCUUUGGAGAGCUUUGGCAGUCAUAUUCGUUCCGCUCAUGGGCGAAGAAUUUGAAGUCAGUGGUUGCUCUGACCUCCUACUUGGAGGCGCACCUCUAAGAUUCAUCCCCUACAAGGGCCGGAAUGGAAUCAUUCCGUGGGACGGCUGGUCGUCACAGUCUAUGGCAGACAAACGCACCAAGCAAUUACCUGCCCUUCGCGGCCUUGAGGUCUCCUCCGUGGCAUUGAUUUCGCUCGCCGUGAUGGCGCUCGCAGCAGAACACCUUGGGCUGUUGCCCUGGACGAUGAGCCGACUCAAUGUCCCGUCCGGCUAUGGUGUUGGUGGCCGUCACAACAAGCUUGAGACAAUUCUUCAGUUCCUGAACAUGUUACCCUGGGGGACAAUAGGGAUGGUCGAGCUUCUCCGGUUCAAAAACAGGCUGUUGCUGCCUCUGAUCACACCCAUCGCUUAUUUUGCGUGCUACUCAGGUACAAAGGGUCUCUGUAUCUGCGGUCUUUGCAUGCUUAUUACUCUAGGUUUCUUCAAUCAGCACGGUUCCUGUGCGUACAGUCACACCCUCACCAUGGCGAAUGCUCGACUUGUCGUCUGCAGCCUCUUAUCAAGCAUAGCUCUGCUUACCUUGCGCGGCAUUACAUGGUCCCAGGGUAGGCUACUAGGCGGUGCAGAUGUGGUAUUAGCAUGUCUACUCUUGACGCCAGCCUGUUUGUUUUUGAUAAACACGGUGCGGGUCGACCCCUGGAUGUAUGGACACGAGGACCUGGCAUUGGUACGACAGGCAUACCUGAUCAAUUCUGCCGUGUCGACUGUUUCCUAUUUUGUAUACUUUGCUGGGACAUGGGCUGGCUUUGUGCCCAUAGUUCACGGGCAUCUUCUCUUGGUGGCGUUGGGAAUGAUUGUCGUCUAUCUGAACUGUCUAUGGAGUACUGCCCAACGCGCCUGGACCUGGCAGUUUGCAGUGAAAUUGGGUCUAGUAACUAUGGGGCUAGCAGCUGUCUUAGGGCCUGGUAGUGCCGCCUCCCUUCUGUGGUUUUGGCGGGAAGAUAAACUGCGAUGCCGUGGUUAA